AUGUCGUCGGCCCAGAACCAGCCGCUCUCUUCGAGCCAUACGAGUCCCUUCCUGAAUAACGCGACGGUGAAGCAUGCGAUGGAUGCCCCGGUCUUUGUCCCGCAAGGGCAGCAAUAUCGCGCCGCGCCGAACGGAUCCCAAGCAGCGUACCAACAACUACAAAUGUCCUCCAUGACCGUGUUCGAUCGCGACGGCGCGUCAAACGCUGGCCAGCAGGACACAUCUACGCUGCUGUCGUCGACUUCGGCGAUUCUCAUCCGCAAACUACCACUCAAGACAACCGAAGAUUCACUGCGCUCCAUGGUCGUAUGGUCAAAGGAGUUCAGUGAGGCAGAGGUUCUCCCAACAGAAAAAUCAGAGGAUGCGGGAUUCACAUCUGCGAUUUUACAUUUCAAAUCUCCUGCAGGCGCGCAUGAGGCGCAGCGACUUCUCAACGGCAAGCUGAAUAUUUCCAACGACGCGCAGAUGGUCGUCGAGAUAUUCCCAAGCAGUCCACCCAUGCCGAGGAAAUACACCGUGGACGGCGCAUCAAACUCAACGUUCAACGGAGGCCCAGCAAGCAAUACAUCCUCAGCUUCAUCAGCAGGGCCAACACAGCGCCAGUCAUCCAGGUUCAACGAUACGUUUCAGACUAUGGAAAGAAUAUCACCGACAAACACUACCCUUUAUGGGAGCAACGAACUAUCAAAUCCCGAUUCCAGUGCGCAUUAUCAAAGCCUCUUCUCACCGCAGUCUCCUAUCGGCAAUCAUUUGACCGAGCGAACGCAUAUCAGUGGCAAGACACUGAUAAACAACGACACCAUGGACGACGAUGAAACGGGUGAGCUUCUGAAAGACCCAGUGGCUUAUGCAGAGAACGGAGCUGCAUCAGCUCAACCACGGCGCGCAACCAACCCACAGUUACCAAUUUCGAGGAUGAGCAGCUUGUCGCUGAACACGAAUCACAUUACCCCGGCACCUUCAGCACCAAACUACACGGCAUCGACGCACAUGCCAUCCAUGCAACCUCAGACGGCUACUAUGUCAUCCACUAUGAUGAGAAACGCCGCGCUACCGAUUCCGUACCAGCUUGGAAAUCAGCACUAUCCGAGGCAUAGCUUCCCGCCUGUGAAUCCGGCAGAUCAAAAUCCUCCAUGCAACACCCUCUAUGUCGGCAAUCUUCCAAUAGACACAUCGGAAGACGAACUCAAGGCUAUGUUCUCAAAGCAGCGCGGCUACAAGCGGUUGUGCUUUAGGACAAAGCAAAAUGGGCCCAUGUGUUUUGUUGAGUUCGAAGACGUAUCAUUUGCCACCAAGGCCCUGCAUGAGCUUUAUGGACACCCGUUGCACAACAGCGUCAAAGGAGGCAUCCGCUUGAGCUUUUCCAAAAAUCCACUCGGCGUUAGAUCUGGCCAAGGUUCAGGCCCACCUGGUCCUCCUGCACCUCCCGGCAUCAUGCAGAACAUGAACGGCAUGAUGAACAACAACAUCACCGGGCCUGGUUUCAGCACGGCAAACGGACCCCCACCAGGCCUUGCAGCACCUCCGGGUCUUGGGCCGAGUAGGGUCCAAUACGGUUCUGUAAUGAAUCCCAUGGCUGCGACAAACGGCUACUACGGAGUAGCAUAUAAUAAUGCAGCGAAUGGGUGGAAUGGCCCUCCUUACAAUGGCCCCAUGGCUGCUGCCAUGAGCCAGGCUGCGACGACGAACGGCGCAAAUAAUGGCUUCCCUCCAGCCUACAUGAUGGGAAGAUAG